ACCAAAUAAACCUGAAGCGAGGUGGCAAUGGCGCGGAUUUACACUGUUGUCUAUAUAAGUGCCUUUAAAUUUUAUUAUGGGGAAAAUAAUAUAAUGGAUUUAAUUAUGCUGUUAAAUUUGCUGUUAAUUUCACUGUUUGACAAUUAUGGUUUUUCAUUGUCGGUGUUUAAUUCAGGCAUUGUCUGUGGUCCGCAAAGACCUCAAUACUUUUGUAUUCUCUUUUUCGUUUCGGCUCCGAGUCUCAUUGAAGGUUGUUGUGGCGUGCGGUAAAGAUGGCAGCAGAGGAACCUCAAGCUAAAAAACUCAAACUUGAAGAAAAAGAACUAAGCCAAAAUGCUCUCUUCGGAAUGGGUAAUCCUCUUCUAGACAUCUGUGCUGUGGUCGACAAGGACUUACUUGACAAGUAUGGAUUGAAGCCAAAUGACCAGAUCCUGGCUGAGGAAAAACACAAAGAGCUGUUUGAGGAAAUUGUCAGGAAGUUCAAAGUAGAAUACCAUGCCGGUGGCUCCACCCAGAAUUCAGUUAAAAUUGCCCAGUGGAUGAUUCAGCAGCCUCAUAAGGUUUCAACGUUUUUGGGAUGCAUUGGCACUGAUAAGUUUGGUGGGAUCCUGAAGAAGAAAGCCGAGGAAGCCCAUGUUGACGCUUAUUACUACGAGCAGAGCGAAGAGCCAACAGGAACCUGUGCAGCCUGCAUCACUGACGACAACAGGUCAGCCUCUGUUUCGAGGUCCCUUGUUGCAAACCUUGCUGCUGCCAACUGCUAUAAAAAGGAGAAGCAUCUGGACUUGGAAGAGAACUGGAAAUUGGUGGAAAAGGCCAAGGUCUUUUACAUUGCAGGAUUCUUCCUCACAGUUUCCCCAGAGUCCAUAUUAAAGGUGGCCAAACAUGCCUCCGAACACAACAAGGUCUUCAGCUUGAAUCUCUCUGCACCAUUUGUCAGCCAGUUUUUCAAGGAGCCCAUGAUGAAGGUCAUGCCGUACGUGGACAUCCUAUUCGGAAAUGAGACGGAGGCUGCUACUUUUGCAAGAGAGCAGGGCUUUGAGACAGAAGACAUUGAAGAAAUUGCAAAGAAGACCCAGAGUCUGCCAAAAGUGAACAAGAAGAGGCAACGGAUUGUCGUCUUCACCCAGGGGAAAGAUGGCACCGUCGUCACCAGUGGCAAUGAAGUGAUGAUUUUCCCUGUUUUAGACAUUGAUCAGAGUGAAAUUGUGGACACAAAUGGAGCUGGAGAUGCAUUUGUAGGAGGUUUUCUGUCGCAACUUGUCUAUGACCGACCCCUGGAAGAAUGCAUUCGGGCUGGACAUUAUUCAGCCAGCGUCAUCAUCAGGCGUGCAGGAUGCACAUUCCCGGAGAAGCCAGACUUUCACUAACAUCGGAAAAUGAUAGUGGGAACAAGAGACAUCCCUUUGACAAUGGGGAUUACUGCCUUUUUAUUAUUCUUUUUUUAUUUUAUUUUUUAUUUUAAACUGACCCACCUCUUUCCAGUCCCUGCAUUUAGACAUCUGUACUUCUGUUCAUCUCACUAUGUACAGUUAUUGGAAUUGUGGGUAUGUUGUAAUUUAUAUAAGAAAGCCAAUUUCAUGAAAUUCUGUUUACAAUUCUUAUUUAAGAAAAAAAACGGUUACUUAAAUAGCUUUAUUAAGCAGAUAAGUUUAAAUAUGACGUUUCUGUUUAAAUGUAACACUAUCUAGGGAAUGAAUGUCUUUGUUUACUGUGUUUAUAGAAUUAGAAUUAGCUUUUCUCUGUUAAGGGGACUUUUUUUUUAAUACAAUUACUAAAGACUUAAAUUGAGGUACAGAAUUAUUUAUGCAGGAUCUUGCCAUGACAUACCAAAUUGAAAUUUUAAGCGCACAGUUUUAAAAACAAAUUGUAUGAAUGGUAUAGAUUUUACAUCCCAAAUACAGUUUUUAUAUUUGUUGGGGGGGGGGGUCCACAGCAUGUAUUUACUACACUAUGCCAUCUCAGACUGACAAAAUAAAAACACUGUGAUAACCAUG